GGGAGGGAAGGAGGGAGGAGCGGCGGCAGCAGCAGCCCGAGUGCGGGGCAGCGCUGGGCGGACGCCGAUGGGCAUCGGGCGGCCGCGCUGGGCACGGGCGGCGGGAGCCCGGCGCUGAGAGCGGCGCUCGCACGGCGCUCGGACGGCGCUCGGGGGUCGCGGCGGGGCCCCCCGGGCCGGGGCGAUGCCCCCCUGCAGCCGCACGGACUGAGCCGGGGCCGGCCCGUGCAUGGCCCAGCCAUGGAGGUGGUGGACGAGACGGAGGCUCUGCAGCGCUUCUUCGAAGGCCACGACAUUAAUGGAGCUCUGGAACCAUCCAACAUCGACACCAGCAUCCUGGAGGAGUACAUCAGCAAGGAGGACUCUCCGGAGAUCUGCUUCCCCGAGAUCCCUGCUCCCGCCGGCUACGCGCACCCGCAGCCCUCCAGCUCGGCCGGCGUGCCCGCGCCUCCGGCCGGCGCCGUGAGCAAUCCCCCGCCCGGCUCCGCGCUCCACCUGGCUCCGGGCAGCCAGCUCCCCGCCCGGCAUGCCCCGCUCCUGGGACCCCCCUACGGAGCCCACCUCAACUGCAACAACAACAACGGCAUGGCCGUGCCCAAGGCCUUCCUGGGCGGGCACUGCCUGAGCGCCGCCGGGCCCCCCAUCAAGGCGGAGCCCAAGGCCUCCUACGCACCUGGCACUUUGCCGGACUCUCCCCCGGAUUCUGGGUCGGAAGCCUACUCCCCUCAGCAGGUGAACGAUCCUCACCUCCUCCGGACCAUGACUCCCGAAAAUAUGUGUCACAUGACUCCCCCUUCCCGCCUGGAGCACCCUCCUCCUCCACCGCCCCCCCCUCCACCCCCUCACCUCCAGGGUCCCCCGCCGCCGCCCCCGCCGCCCCCUCACCCCCUCCAGCCGCAGCACAAUUCCCACUUUCCCGGCCUGCAGCGGGAGGUGUUCCUGAAGGCCGAGCCCCUGAUGCCCCCGUACGGCGUCGGGCCGGGAAUGGCGCCCGCCGAGCUCCACCAUGCCCAGCAAUCCCAGAUGCUGCACCAGCUCCUCCAGCAGCACGGAGCAGACCUCCCGGUGCAUCCCGCCAAGAAGAGGAAACACUCCGAGUCCCCCCCCAACACCCUCAAUGCCCAGAUGCUCAACGGGCUGAUCAAGCAGGAGCCGGGGAUGGGAUCCGUGCCGCUCAACCCCGACCGCGUCCAGACGCCGCCCUGGCACCAGCCGGGUGCGCUCUCACCAGGCCUGAUUCAGGAUAACGACAGCCUGAACGGCUCCUACCUGGACCCCAACUUCCAGUCCAUCAAGUGGCAGCCACACCAGCAGAACAAGUGGGCGACUCUGUACGACGCCAACUACAAGGAGCUCCCAAUGCUGACGUACCGCGUGGACGCCGACAAGGGCUUCAACUUCUCCGUGGGGGACGACGCCUUCGUGUGCCAGAAGAAGAACCACUUCCAGGUGACGGUGUACAUCGGGAUGCUGGGCGAUCCCAAGUACGUGAAGACCCCCGAGGGCCUGAAGCCCUUGGAAUGCUUCUACCUGAAGCUGCACGGGGUGAAGCUGGAGGCCUUGAACCAGUCCAUCAACAUCGAGCAGUCGCAGUCAGACCGCAGCAAGCGGCCCUUCAACCCCGUCACGGUGAACCUGCCCCCGGAGCAGGUCACCAAGGUCACCGUGGGGCGGCUGCACUUCAGCGAGACCACGGCCAACAACAUGAGGAAGAAAGGCAAACCCAACCCGGACCAGAGGUACUUCAUGCUGGUGGUGGCCCUGCAGGCGCAUGCCCAGAACCAGAACUACACGCUGGCAGCCCACAUCUCCGAGCGGAUCAUCGUCCGGGCGUCCAACCCGGGGCAGUUUGAGAGUGACAGCGACGUGCUGUGGCAGCGGGCGCAGCUCCCGGACACGGUGUUCCACCACGGCCGCGUGGGAAUCAACACGGACCGCCCCGACGAGGCCCUGGUGGUGCACGGCAACGUCAAGGUCAUGGGGUCCCUGAUGCACCCCUCGGAUGUCCGAGUGAAGGAGGACAUCCAGGAGGUGGACACCACGGAGCAGCUGAAGCGGAUCUCCAGGAUGAGGCUGGUGCACUACAACUACAAACCCGAGUUUGCAGCCACGGUGGGCAUUGACAGCACCUCUGAGACAGGUGUCAUCGCUCAGGAAGUGAAGGAGAUCCUCCCAGAAGCUGUGAAGGACACUGGAGACCUGGUCUUUUCCAAUGGGAAAACCCUGGAGAACUUCCUGGUGGUGAACAAGGAGCGGAUCUUCAUGGAGAACGUGGGCGCCGUGAAGGAGCUGUGCAAGCUCACGGAUAACCUGGAGACGCGCAUCGACGAGCUGGAAAGGUGGAGCCACAAGCUGGCCAAGCUCAAGAGGCUGGACAGCAUGAAGUCAACUGUGAGCUCUGGAGCCUUCAGCCAAACCGGGAGCCAGUUCAGCCGGGCAGGAAGCGUGCCCCACAAAAAGAGACCCCACAAAGUUGCCAGCAAGUCUCCGUCGGUUGUCCCGGAGCAGGCCUGCAUCAGCCAGCGCUUCCUUCAGGGCACCAUCAUCGCCCUGGUCAUCAUCAUGGCAUUCAGCGUGGUGUCCAUGUCCACGCUCUACGUGCUGAGCCUGCGCAGCGAGGAGGACCUCGUGGACAUCGAUGGGUCAAGCCAGAGCAUUGACAAGACGCAGACGGUGCGAUCCACGGCUGCAUCCAACGGAGCCGGCAGCAGGACUCCCCCGGAGCAUGUCCCAAAUGAGAUGCAUGGAGUAGCCCUGGGCAUUCCUGGUCGCAGUGUGCUGGCGUGUUUCAGCCCUCCCUGUUUCUCCACGUGCUGCUCCGCUGCUCCCACUGACGUCUCCUCCGUUGUCCCCUCGGAGACCAGCCCUGCCCACGCCACCAACCGGACAGACCAAAGCCAGCCCUCCCUCCUGCCGGUGACAAAUAUCAAAGCCAAAUCCAGGGGCAUCACCGGGAAAUCCGCCUCCUACACCAAGUGGCCAAAGACUCCUGACAGGUCUCAGAGCUUCGGCAGCCCCAAUGCCAGCCCCUCCUCCCCCUUCUCCCACAUCCAGGGCAAAUCCAAGUACAUCUCCAACCUCUCGCUCUCCCGCAGCAGCUCCCGGCAGCAGCGCAGCCUCCGGCAGCCGGUGAGCGAGCGGCCCCGCACGGAGCAGCCCGGCUCGGAUGGGCCAAGCCCGGUGCUGCAAUCCAUCCGGAUCCUGGAGAUCAACCUGGCCAUCCAUUCCCAGUACUGCGCCGCUGCCAACGCCUGCAGGACUGGGAAUUUCAGCUACCGCAUCCCUGUGAGCCAGCGGACGGCCGUGAACACCAACCUGACCCUGGAGAUGAACUCCUCCUCCGCUGUGUCCAUCUCCCUUUGUGGCCUCGUCUCCAGCGAUCCCUGCCAGGACGCUGUGAGCAGGAACAGCUCCACUGACUCCACAGAUGUGCAGGACACCACGCACCGCUGGCCGCUGGUGAUGCUGUCCUUCCGCGAGUUUUCCUACCACUUCCGAGUGGCGCAGCCGGGCCGAGCCGACUGUGGCGCUUCCCUGGAGCAGCUGGGGCACCUCUUCACUGACUAUUACUUCCAGUUCUACUGGCUCUGUGAGUGAGCCCUGGCAGCACCAGUGCCCUCUGCUCGGAGACAGGAGGGGAACUGGUGCCACUGGGAGCCUCCCGAAUCCCCUGCUCCGCUGGCCCCCAGCCCCACCUCAUCCCCGUGUCCUGCGGCAGCUCCGGAGCUGGAAUGGCGAUGGCUGGAGAAGCUGAAGCUCAGCACACACAGGACCUAAAAGCCACCAGCAGCCCUGCGGUGGCUCCUGGGGGGACCUCGCACCGAUUCCCAGCAUCCCACAUCCCUCUCCUUCCCUUGCGGGGAUGUUUGUGUCAUCCAUCGCUUCCCCCUCCCUUUCCAACGCUGGAUUUGGAAGCAUCACACCGGACUGAGCGUGGGUGGCUCUGCCACAUCUCAGAGGAACGCUCCUUCCACGGACAGGAGCCCCAUCCUGGUGCUCCCACAUGUCCCACAUCGGUUCUUCGCAACACUGGAAUUGCUUCAACACUGGAGCCCUUUCCCAGAGCCAAAAGCUGGAGUUUGGCCUGGAAAGGACGGCUGUGCCUGGACCUACUGGAAGUCGUACACUGGAGUUGCUGUUCCUUCUGCUUGGCCCAGGGCCACUUCCCACUCCCGGACCUGCCAAUGGACGCGUUCCUCUAGGAACAACCGGAGAAGGAGCAGCUUCGACGUUGUCCCCCCCUCUUCUGCGUGCUCUUAAAUCCCAUAUCCAUGUGGGAUAUCCAGGUCUGGAUGGGUAAAACCCCCACUCAAACUGCUGCUGAGGCCAUGCCACACCUGGGGACACCUGUCCCCAAGCCAGGGGUGACAAAUGACCGGGACUUAGCCACGUUAGGUGUGGUGGGAUCCGUUUUUAUCCACUUGGAAGUGGCGUGUGCGGAGCUGCCUGGUCGGCUCUGGAGCCAGUGCCAACCUGUGCCCAGAUGUGCAGCACUGGCAAAGCCUGGAGUGCCCUUGGAGCCAGGCUGAGUCCCUGGAAACACCAGGAUCUGUGUCCAGGAGGGAUCUCUGCCUCGGGAGAGAGGGGUGGUGUUCUCCCAGAAGUUGGGAUGGCAGCAGCUGCAGGCUGUCCCUGGGGGGAUUUGAAAUAUUUUACUGUUACAAGUCCUUAACUUGCUAAACUACUGAAUUCUUGUGGGGUUUAAGCCAUAAAAAAACAGGAAUUUCCUUCUGGCCCCCUUGAGCCACGUGUCCUGUGGGAAUGCCAAGUGGCUCCCUGUGCUUCCCCCUCCCCAUCCUGCUCCUUGUGCUACAAAGGAGUUGUCUGCGUUCCUGGAGGCUCAGCCACCUCCAGGUUAUUCCAAGAUGGAUUUCCCCGAGGAAACAAGUGAGGGGGGAAUGCCACAUGCUGAUCCCAAGGACACUCUGAAGCUGUGCACGUCCGGUUUCAUCUCCCAUUAUCCCCCUCCUGAGCUUAUCCCAGCAAAGCAGCCCUGAAAUUCCUGGUGAUGUCACUUGGAUUUGGCAUCUGCCCCAAAGCUGUUGGUAGGGAGGUUUCAAGGCCCGGCAAUGCUGAAUUAUAGUUACUGAAAUCCACUGAAUCCUGGAAAGCAGGGAAUAGUGGGUGAAUUCCAAGGGAAUUCCAAGCAGCCAAGGAGUUGGAAACCCCAGUUUUGGGAAGCUCAGUGGGACAACAGGACGCCCCAAGGCUUGGGAAUACCUAUGCACAAACAGAGGUGCUCCAUGCUCAGCAGGAUUUUGUUUUUCCCUGAAUUUGGGAACACCUGGAUGUAGUGUAGUGCUCUUCCCUCCACCUGCCCUGAGUGGUUUUUCCCGGUUUUAAACUGGGAGGUGACUUCCUUGGCAGGUUCAUUGUCCCCUUGGCAAUCAGUGGCCCAGGCUGGCAGGUCCUUCCUCAGGUGAGUGAUGCUGAGCUGGGAUAAAAGCCCCUGGAAGAGGAAACAGGGAAUGUUGGGGGGCCAGAGCCUGCAAUCACAUCCCCCUCAGCCAAGACACCCCGAUACAUCCCACCCCAUUCCUGAGGGAAGGAAUCAAUCAAGGUGGCCCAGGAGGAGCUGGGAUCUCUCAAGUGUCCCCAAGAUGUUCAGCCCUGGAAUUUAGGGAGAUCCCCAACAAACCAAGUGCCUGGGGGCUUGGAUUUAUCUCUAGUGCCUUUUUCCUUACGGAACAGCCCCAGGGAACGGUGUUUUCCCACAUCUAUUUCCAAAUGCUGCCUCAGAAGUUGUGCCUGGGUGGUUUAACUGGGGAUGUGCUAAUUCCUGGAGUGCCAAAGCCAGCCCUACCCACGUGGAGCUGGCAGCAAUCCCCUGGGAUCAGGAGAGGACGGGGAUUCAGGAUGAAGUUUUUAGUGUCAGUAGUACCUUAUGUCUUAAAGUGGCACAGGUUGCCCAGAGGAGUUUUGGAUGUUCCAUCCCUGGAAGUGUUCCAGGACAGGUUGGAUGGGUUUGGAGCUGCCUGGACUAGUGGAAGGUGUCCCUGCCCACGGCAGGGAGUGGGACUGGAUGGGCUUUAAGGUCCCUUCCCACCCAAACCAUUCCAGGAUUCCACGACAAAAAUCAUCCGUCGGCUGCUUCCCAGCGAGGCAGCAACGAGCUCCAAAGGGGCUCAGAAUUACAAAACGAAGGAGUCAUGGAAUUGCUUCCAGGCCUGGGAAACAGCUGUCUGCACGGAUUCCCCCCUCAAAACGCAUCUCUGCCCCUUCCCUGUCCCCAAUCAGUACCAAGAGAGUUCACAAUCAGGCCUUUCCCUGCGUGGGACGGAGGGAAUUCCGAGCCCAGGGAAUUCCGAGCCCGCCUCUCCAGCUUGGGGAAAUCCCUCCCCAUCCAGCGGCAAAGAGACAUUCCUGGCAGGACGGAAGACAAAAGGGUGGAGAACGAGGCUGUUUGGGAGUUGUUUCAAAAGCAAAUUCCCAACUCUUCUGUCCUACUGUUGGAGCUUAAAGCCUGUAAAUAGAGACUAUGGCACCACUGGAAGAAUUAAGGAAAAAAACCACCACGUAAAGCACUAAUUUUGUUGGUUUUAAAUGUUGCUGCCACAGCUUUAAUCACUGUAUUUUGCCAGCCAGUUCGUAGAGUUGCAUUUGUAGCAGGUUAUUAUUGAUUCCUGGUUUUUAUUUUUGGGGAACAAGCGUGGUUUCCCUCUUUUCUUCCUGAUUUAUAUUUAUAUUUUGCUGAAUUUGAGGGCUGAGUCGUCAGAUUCCCUGGAUUUUUUUUGUUGUUGUUGUCUUUUGUUUGUUUUGUUUGGCUUAUUUAGACUUUGUUUUAUGCUGGAGGUAAAUGUGCCCAUAUGAAUAAAAUAUAUAAAUACUGCUUUGUAUCCAA